UACGACGAGGCGAUCGAGAAGCUCACUCGGGCUCUCGAGGUGUUCUCCAAGAUCGGAGACCGGCUCGGGGCAGCGCAAUGCCAGCAAAGCUUGGGCGACAUCCAUCGCAUGCGCCAGGAGUACGACGAGGCGAUCGAGAAGCUUACUCGGGCUCUCGAUGUGUUCUCUGAUAUCGGAGACCGGCUCGAGGCAGCGAAAUGCCAGCGCAGCUUGGGCGACAUCCAUAGAAUCUAUCAGCGAUAUGAUGCGGCCAGAAAUAAUAUUCAAAAUUCCCUCCUACUUGCUUCAGACAUCGCAGAUCGCUACCAGAUUGCGUGGUGUCGUAUUUUCAUGGGCCUGCUUGACCGUGAUUCACAAAACUUCACUGAGGCGGCUCUAAACAUCGAGGAGGCUCGAUCGCUGCUGGAGGAGAUUGGACAGAAGGGUGAGGCGGGGUACUGCUCGAAACUUCUGCUUGAGAUGCAGAACACUAUGGCCACCGAUGCAAAAGAUUCCCAUCGACCAAAUGUUGAUGCAGACACCCACGAAACUGCGUAG